AUGUCUUUAAAUGUCGACAUUCUCGAUGGUAACCGUACAUUCACACCCGGGGAUACUGUACAAGGAAUCGUCAAAGUUAACGCAGAACAUCCAGUCAAGGCGAAAUCGUUGCGUGUUUUCCUUAAGGCAUCUGCUCAAACGGAAUGGUUGGUGUCUGUAUACGGAAUAGAUUCAGUACAUGGUAGAAGUGCAAAAGUCCUGUAUACGGCCAGCGUAGUUUAUGGACAUGAGGAACAUUCGUUGUGGGCACCGGAAGAGCAUGAAAAGAAAGGCACCAUACCUCAGGGGAUGCAUGCCUAUCCCUUUGAAUUUGUUCUGCCCACAGAUUGUCCGCCAAGCUUUGAAGGUACAUGCGGUUCGAUUAGUUGUACUAUAACUGCCGAAAUCGAACGGCCAUGGAAAACGAACAAAACAAGUUCCGUUACAUUAUCAGUGUGUCCGGUGUUCGACCUAAACCUGAUCGCUGAGGCGGCACUAGCGGCUUCUGCUCUCAAAUUCAAGAAGACUGGAUGUAUGCUGUUCCGUCAUGGAAAAAUAUGCAUACAGAUGAAACUUCAGAGGAGCGGAUUUGUAGUAGGAGAGACAUUGGAAGCUGUUGCAGAGAUCAACAACAACAGUAAACAACCUGUCGUGAAGCUUGACUUACGACUACGCCGAGUGGACAGCUACACAGCGUAUCGUCAUAGAAGAGCGUCUAAUAACGAUAUGAAGAGAAGUAACAAACGUCAAGAAGAGACUACCGUAGCUGAGAACACUGAGCACAUCAAUAUCGCUCCUAACGAAGUCGAGACUGCAACGGUAUCAUUGGAAAUACCGGAGACAAUACCGACUUUCCGAACGUGUUCGAUAAUAGAAGUUACAUAUUAUGUGGAGGUGCGAGCUGUGUGCAAAGGUGCCAUAAACAACAGCGUAGCAUGCCGUCACCCUGUGGUCAUCGGUACAUUACCUUUGACAGCUAAAACUGCUGAUGAUGAGGAUAGAACGGCAUCGCAAUCACCUAAGUUUUGUCCUUCAAUCCCACAACUUUGCCGAGACACCAACAUCGCAGCAACGCUACCAAUGUCGACGCAUGGCCAGGAUGCUCGUGGUAGCUAA